UCCACCUUGCGGUGGUAAAACACACCUAUUGAACUGAUGUCCGGUAAGACCUGGAAUCGUGUUCAUUAACAUGAUAACGGUUUUGAAUUCGAAUAUCAAUAAACGAAUUACAGAUCGGAUAGGCCUAACCUAUUUCCUUCGUAAAAUCGUAUGAAAUAUUUUCUCCCCAAUAAGCCGUUUUGAGUGGUAUGAAAUAAGUAUUAACACUUUUCUGAAUUGGUAUUUACUAUUUAGCGCGAUAUAACCAAAAUAUAAAAGAUCGUGUGUUUUUAAUUGUGUUAUGAACGUUACUACGUGUAUUACUAACGUUACUAACCUGAUAAGAUUUCUGUAAUUUAGACGCACUGCAUUCGUUUUGUAUUUCAAUUUCGGUUUUAAGCGAGCGAUUGCGGCUUCCCCAUAACGUGUUUAUAUAUAUAUGUAUAGUGGAAGUCGUCAGUCGGCAAUCGCUACUCAUCAAUUCGGUUUGUGAAGUUCGAAAUCGAUGGCCGUGAUCACAAACUGAAUCGACGUACUUACUCGUAAUAAUCGAACUUCUUUACUGUGGUGAUCGCGUCGUUAAAAUAUAUCAACAAUCCAUUAUUGUUAAAAUGCCAAACGUUUGCGUUCUGUGUGUGAAACCAUUGCUCAAAAAUCCUAGCACCAGGAUAUCUUUCCAUGUAUUUCCAGCAUGUCCAAAAAAACGGCAGAUAUGGCUCAAACAGUGUAGAUUAGCAAACAAAGAUGUCUUACCAAACCGUAAGAUAUGCUCAUUUCAUUUUGAGCCAACAUGUUUUAAAUCCAAUGUAAAGAGGCGCAUACUUUACCCUGAUGCUGUACCAACAAUUUUUGGAAAUGGCCGUGUUCAAACAAAAAAUAAGCCAUUAAAAAUUGCAAAAGGAAGAAAAACAAAUCGCAACAAGAAAGGGAGUGCCGGCCAGAAUCGUCAGUCUCGUGAUACAUCAUUAGCAAGAGCUGCUAAGAAAGGGAUUGCCACUUCAAAUCGUAAGUCUCGUGAUGUUUUACCAACAAAACCUGCUAUAAAAGUACUUGAUCGUGUAAAAAGUAAUGUAACAAAACGAAAAAGAAAACUAGAAGAGCUCGAUGAACCUAUAACAAAACUAAAAAAGAAUAAGUUAUCAUUUAUGUCACUGUUGAAACUUGUAAAGAUUCAAUUCUCAUUGGCUAAAGGAAUAAAAUGAUUAUCAACUAAUAGAUGGAGCAUUUUAAACAAAAUCUAUAAUCAAACAAACACUAAAAAAAAUUCACAAUUUUUAAUAUUGCCAUAAGUGAUCAAUAUUGUACAAUACAAGGCGUGUUGUGUUUCAAUAAUUGUUGAGGAAAACAAUAGUUACACUUUGAGUAAUUUGUUUAGUCUAAGAUAAGAUAAUUUUACUUUUCUAUUUGAUAUCCAAAUGUAUUGUAUAAUGGCUGUUCUAUGUAGGAGCAUUUGUAGAUAAAUGCUUAGGAACUGCAAAAAGUUAGGUAAAUUAGUUAAGAUUUGUACAUUAUAAAGUUUUAAUUUUUUAUUCUAUAAUUUUACUUAGAAAUGUUUAUGACACUUUUGCCAAUAUCAAAUAUGAAAACAAAGU